ACGGGGAAAGUUAUAAAUGAAUGCAACAACAUCUCUAUGCUGUGUGUCGAGCUGACUGUCUCUGCGAAGAAAACGGUUUUUGUUAGGUUUGAGCAGUUUGAAUAAGUAUGAGUUUUGACGUGCUGAAGGAGAAUCAGGGAGCUGUACGGAUGAACGGCAAUUCUGAAUCCGAUUGUGACAUUUUCAUGUUGGAUCAGCCGACCGGCAGACCCUCGAUUUUGCGGCAGUCGCAGGCUGACAACAUCAACAGGACUGCACAUAGAGCACCAAAGGUUUGUUUUCAAACUCCACGACGAGAUCCAGUUACAAAGAAGAUCAUGUCCCCAAGCCGCACCAGUAGGCCGAUCAGCCAGGAAGAUCACAAAAAUGCACUGGAGACUCUCACAGGCCUUUCUGACCAGAAUUCAGUGAUGAAUACCACUCACACCACACCAAUUGACAUAGAAUGUAACAGUGUAGCCUUCCCUGAUGAUGACAUGCCUGUUCAGAGCAGAGGGGCCUAUUCGUUUAAUCUUGACAAUGUUGAUGCUAUCAAUCCUUUCCAGGGCUCCAAUAAAAUGGCAAAUUCCCCACCUAAAUCUUCUGCUUUUACUGAGGGGCAGACAUCAGAGCUUGUAGAGUCGAACACAACCAUAGCCCAUGUUUCUGCACCACAGGCUGAUGUUUCAGAGGUGAUUGACACUGCAUCUGAUGAAGCUUUCCCAUUUGUCCCAUCAGUGGAGAAUUCCCUUGCAGAAUGCUCUGCCAACAUCUCCUCAACAGAGGGCACCAUAGCCCCUGUUUCUGCACCCCAGGCUGAAGUUCCAGAAGUGACUGAAAGUGCACUUGAUGAGACUCUCCCAUUUGUGCCAUCAGUGGAGAAUUCCCUUGCAGAAUGCUCUGCCAACCUCUCUUCAGCAGAGGGCACAGUCAUCCUCAAGACUGAGAAUAUUGAAAACAGCACCAAUGACACUGAGGAAACUGAGAUUACUGACCCAGUGGCAGAGUCACAGCAGAUUCCUGUUAUUAAGGAUCACCCCGAGACACAGGACUUGCCACUACCUUCUGCAGGAUCUUACAAGUUGGACUUUGACAACCUUGAAAUGCUCAACCCAUUCCAAACUGGUGGGUCAAAGAUCCCAAACUCUCCUCCAACCAAGACAUCCGCAGUUUUUGUCCCACCCAUGCCAAGCCAAGAAGCCGAACAAGAGGUCUCAGUCCAGACAGAUAUGCCAGCAUCCUCCGAUCCCUCCAUAAAACCUCAGGAAAGCUCCACUGCAACAGAGAGUUCCUCAUCUCUGACAGCCCCGAAGGAGAGCCAGAUGCUAUUAGAGUUUAAUUUUGAUGAUGGAGCUGAAGUUAAACGCAAACCUCCUCCAAAACGCCUUGGGGUCAAAAGACCUGUUGGUGCAAAACCUGUGACCAAAAAAACAGAUGCCCCAGUCACGGAGAAAAAAGAUGUAGAACCCAAGCAGAUGUCUCCUACAAACCCAGAGGAGACCCAACCUGUGGACAUUCCUUCUGAUAAAGGUUCUUACACUUUUGAUUUUGACCAAUUUGAUAACCCGAACUUUAACCCCUUUGGCACAAAGGCCAUGAUGGGCAACUCUCCACCACGUGGGGUCCAGACCAGUCCAGUUUUGAAGAAAGCACAGUCUCCUGUUAAGCAACUUGAGACACUUCCUGCGCAGGAUGACCAACCUGAGCAACGGUCUCCCCAGGCAGUUUCUGAAAGCAAUGAAAACGUGGUAGAAAUGGAUCUUCCUGCGACUAAAGGGAUGACAGAAGGUGUAGAGUCUUCAUUGGCUGUAUCUCACACUGACAAACCCCAGAAGCCAACGGUGCCAGAACCAGAUUUCAUGGCAGUACCAGAAUCUAUUGCAGAUAUUCAAAACCAGACCUGUGAUCUUGGUGUGGCAGCAUCAAAUGAAGAUGAAUUUGUGCCUGGUGCAUUGUUCAUGCCAGGAGGAGAUUUUGAUGGCCAGAUUGACUAUCUGGAGCAGUUUGGAUCGAGCAAUUUCAAAGAGUCUGCUUUGAGGAAGCAGUCCCUAUAUUUGAAGUUUGACCCGCUGUUGAAGGAGAGUCCUAAGAAAAAUGGAGGGGAGGGCAGUAAUUUUGGAUUCUGCAUGCCAAGACACUCUCUUGCCAUCAGGAUGAUGGAGGCUGCGAAGUCUGAAGUGAAGCAGAAGUCUCAAUAUGACAGCAUGAAACUGUUGGAUGAUCUGCCUCCACUAGUUGUGGAAACUGUGGUGCCAGAUCCAACUGUUUUGGACCUGCUCGUACCUGCCUUGAAACCACCAGUGAGAACUGAGGACUCCAUCAUAGAGGUUUUGAAGUACAGUCAGAAAGACAUGGAUGCCGCGCUACAGAAAGCAGACAGACAGUCGGAGGAACGGCAACAAGAGCUGAAGUCUCAGAUUGAGAAAUUGCAACUAGAGAAUCAGCACAUGUUGUUUAUAAUGUCAGAAUUUGAGACCACCAUCACUCAAAUCACCGAUGAGCACAAACAGAAGGAGGCAUUGGCUAAAAUAGAGAUGGAGCGAGUUCUUGAGGAAAAAGAUCAGCUGUCCAAAGAUUUGAAUGAGUUGGAGAGAUCGUUCUCCUCCGUCGUCAAACGCCUUGACAGAUGCAAGGAAGUUAUUGAGGGAUUCAAAAAGAAUGAGGAGACCCUGAAGCAAUAUGCUAAGAACUGCAUGGACAGACUGCAGAAAGAGGAAAAGCGUUAUCAAGCUCUUAAGGCCCACGCUGAGGAGAAACUAGAACAAGCAAAUAAAGCCAUAGCCGAAGUCCGCACUAAACAAGGUGCAGAGGUGGCGGCUCUGCAGGUACAGCUCAAGAGAGAACAGCUGAAGGUUCAGUCCCUAGAAAAGGAUCUGGAACAAAAGGCUAAAGAAGUCAAAGAUGUCACAGAACUGUGUGAUGAGCUGCUGCUUAAAGUGCAAAAGCAUGGUUUUUAAUGCUUUUCCCUCCUUUUUGUGUUCAUUAUUUGUGUUUGUUCGUUAUUUGUAUUUGUUCAAAACAAUUUUAAUAAAGUAUUAAAGUAUAAA